UGGCCCCGGGCUGGCCCGGCCGCGGGCUGCCGCGCCGCCAGGGCUCCCCGCCGGCUUCCCCCAUCCCCACGCGCCGCGAACACCUCCUCCUCCUUCCCCCCCUCCCUCCUUCCCCACCUCCGCCCUCCUCCUGCUGACGUCUGGCUCUGCCCGGCUGAAAACUCGGUGCCGCGGCGGAUGCGGCGGCUCUCGGGAGCGCGGCGGCGGCRGCAGCAGCGAAGAUGGUGGCGGCUCCGUGCGCCCGGCGGCUGGCGCGGCGCUCCCGCUCGGCGCUGGUGGCGGCGCUCACCGUGCUGCUCCUGCAGACCCUCCUCGUCUGGAAUUUCACCUCCCUCGACGCCGGCGAGGAGCAGCGCGGCGGCCGCGAGAAGCGAGACCGCAGCGGAGAUCAGCGGGGGCAGCCGCAGCGCCGCGGACCCGGCGCCCCGCACGGCAAGGCGAUGGAUGGCUAUUUUUCCCACCGACCGAAAGAGAAAAUGCGAACGGACAGCAAUAAUGAAAAUUCAGUCCCCAAGGACUUUGAGACUAUUGAUAACAGUAACUUUGCUCCCAGGACUCAGAGGCAAAAACACCAGUCUGAGCUGGUGAAAAAACCCCUUAGCAAACAAAAGGAGCACUUGAGAAAGAAACUGGAAGAGGAGAAGAUGAAGGAGAACUUGCUGCUGGGGAAGAACUCCAAUGAGGURGUGCAGUUCGUUGAUCACCCUGGAAAAAACAGCAGCAACAUCAACAUUCUGAAGGACAUUGACAGGUCUCCCAGUCAGAAUCUUUUAAAAAAGCUUGAGAGCAUCACCCCUGAGCUGAAAUACGACCAGCCAGCCAAGUGUGAGGUGACGGGCAAAGAGGCCAUCUCGGCCAUGUCCCGCGCCAAAUCUCAGCAGUGCCGCCAGGAGAUCGCCGAYGUCUACUGCCAGCACAAGGUGGGGAAGCUGAUGCCAGAGACAGUGACACGCUUCUGUGCCCUGGAGGGAAAAGCCAACAACAAUGUACAGUGGGAUGAGGACUCCGUAGAAUACAUGCCAGCCAACCCAGUCAGGAUCGCAUUUGUCUUGGUUGUUCAUGGCAGAGCUUCCCGGCAGCUCCAGCGCAUGUUUAAGGCUAUUUACCAUAAAGACCAUUUUUAUUACAUUCAUGUUGACAAGCGGUCCAAUUACUUGCACCGGCAAGUGCUGCAGUUUGCCAGCCAGUACCCAAAUGUGAGAGUCACCUCCUGGAGAAUGGCCACCAUCUGGGGAGGAGCAAGCCUGCUGACCACCUACCUGCAGACCAUGAAGGACUUAAUGGAGAUGAGUGACUGGCCCUGGGAUUUCUUCAUUAACCUCAGUGCUGCUGACUACCCCAUCAGGACAAAUGACCAGCUGGUGGCAUUCCUGUCCAGGUACCGGGAUAUGAACUUCUUGAAAUCACAUGGGAGGGACAAUGCAAGAUUUAUCAGAAAGCAAGGCCUGGAUCGGCUGUUCCUGGAGUGUGACACCCACAUGUGGCGCCUGGGGGACCGCAAGAUCCCAGAGGGAAUCACAGUCGAUGGGGGCUCCGACUGGUUCCUCCUAAACAGGAAGUUUGUGGAAUAUGUCACUUUUUCUAAUGAUGAUCUGGUAACAAAGAUGAAGAGGUUUUACUCCUACACGCUGCUUCCUGCCGAGUCCUUCUUUCACACCGUGCUGGAGAACAGCCCGUUCUGUGACUCCAUGGUGGACAACAACCUGCGCAUCACCAACUGGAACCGCAAGCUGGGCUGCAAGUGCCAGUACAAGCACAUCGUUGACUGGUGUGGCUGCUCUCCCAACGACUUCAAACCUUCAGACUUCCAUCGGUUCCAGCAGACUGCCAGGCCAACGUUCUUUGCCCGCAAGUUCGAAGCGGUGGUGAACCAGGAGAUCAUCGGGCAGCUGGACUAUUACCUGUACGGGAAUUACCCGCCGGGCACGCCGGGGCUGCGCUCCUACUGGGAGAACGUGUACGAGGAGCCCGACGGCGCCAGCGCCCUCAGCGACGUGGCCCUCACCAUGUUCCACUCCUUCUCCCGCCUGGGGCUGCGCAGGGCUGAGAGCUCCUUCCACGCUGCUGGGGACAACAGCUGCCGAUACUAUCCCAUGGGCCAUCCAGUUUCCAUCCACCUUUACUUCCUUGCUGACCGUUUCCAAGGCUUCCUGAUCAGGCACCAUGCAACCAAUCUGGCUGUCAGUAAACUGGAAACUUUGGAGACGUGGGUGAUGCCCAAGAAAGUCUUCAAGAUCGCGAGUCCACCGAGCGAUUUCGGAAGGUUGCAGUUCUCAGAGAUUGGCACCGAGUGGGACGCCAAGGAAAGGCUUUUCCGGAAUUUCGGGGGACUCCUCGGGCCGAUGGAUGAGCCUGUUGGGAUGCAGAAAUGGGGGAAAGGCCCCAAUGUCACCGUGACUGUCAUUUGGGUGGAUCCCAUUAAUGUCAUUGCAGCCACAUACGAUAUUCUUAUUGAAUCCAGUGCCGAGUUUACUCACUACAAACCACCUCUGAAUUUGCCCCUGCGACCUGGUGUCUGGACAAUAAAAAUUCUGCACCACUGGGUACAGGUAGCUGAAACCAAAUUCCUUGUUACUCCUCUCACCUUCUCAAAUCAGCAGCCUAUCAAACAAGAGGAAGCCAUCAAGUUCCACAGCGGGCCUCCAAAGAACGCCUACAUGGAGCAGAGCUUCCAGGGCCUGAACCCCGUGCUGAACAUCCCGGUGAGCGCCGCSCGCCUGGAGCAGUCCCGGCGCAACGCCGCGCUGGUGGGCGCCCGCCUGGACUCCUGGGUGGACUCGCUGGUCAGCGGCGUCUGGUCGGCCGUGGACAUCUGCAGCGUGGGCCCCACGGCCUGCCCCGUGCUGCAGGGCUGUGCCCAGACMGCCUGGAGCUCCCUGAGCCCCGACCCCAAAUCCGAGCUGGGCCCCGUCAAACCCGACGGCCGCCUCAGGUAGCACCGGUACGCUCUGCCCGCCAUAGGUUUUUAAAAGGGAAUUGAACCUUGCUUCUCUGUGAAUCUUACGCCAGGUUUCAGAAACACAAGGGAAGGUUAAUUUUUUUUUUUUUUUUUGUUACUUAUUGCAAUAUAAUUCAUUUUUAAAAAAACAGAAAAAAAAACCAAAAAAGAGUUCUGAAGUUCUGACAAAGCCUUUGGCACUGCCCUCUCCAUCAGCUCACUUGUCCCACAGCCUGUGGGCUUGGAAACAGUAGCACCAAGCCGUGGAGAGGGCAGUGAAGGAGCAGCUGCUAAAGGGGUUUUUUAAAAGUAAAUUUGUCUGUACCUCUGCUUUUUCAUAGGCUUUCAUUAUUUUGCUACCAUGAAUAAAUCACAGCAAAAUUCCCUUCUACUUACGCUUCCUGGAGAGGUCRGUUCCUGCAGGCUGGAGCCUGUGGGGCCACAUGACCUCAGAGAAUGUGAAGUAAUGGUACAGCAUCACUCGGGUUCUUAAUGACACAAGUAAUUCUGGACACAGCUAAUGUCUCUUAUCCUAGUUAGAGAAAACAAGCAAAAUCAGAAACUUUCAGAUUACUUUCAGAUGUUUUUUUCAGACUAAUUUCAUGAUAAACUCUAAACGAAACCAGUGUUUUGCUGUAGUAGCCUUAUGUCUCAUGCAGUUAGGUUCAGGGUCAGCGUGCUAAGAGUAUUUAUUAAAGAACAAAUAAGUAUUUUGAAUUUCAGCCCUUGCAAACCUGCAGGUAUUUCUGGAAGCCACCAGUACCUGAGUAUUUUCACAGACUGCCAGUAGAACAGGUGUGUAUGUGUAGGCUGGGUUGGGUUGUGAUGUGUCUGCUCACACCCUUUGCUGGUUUUGCUCAUGAGCUGACCUGAGUUUUUUCUCAGGCAGUGGAGUUCUAAACCAGUAAAUUAGUAAAACUGGCACCUAAAUCUGCAACAACAGGUUUCUUCCCUAAUUUGAGUAGUGGCUAGUAAGACUUAACACUAAUUCCCUCCCUUGGUCUGAGAUCUCCCUCUCUUCCUGAAGAAAGAUCCCUCCAGGCUUUGCCAGGGCAUCUGGAAGGCUGUGCAGGAUGUGGGUCUGUGCCCAAAGCCAGGGGAAGGAGAACAGKGCCAUGUUUCUCUGUGCUUUUACUUUAUUCUGUCAACAAUCUACCCUUGCCUGUCUUCAGAAUUCCUAGCAGACUGCAUCCYGUUUUAAAUAGGCAUGCUUUGCAUCAUUUCAACCUGCAUUUUCUACUGUAGGGAAAAAUUAAUUUACAUUCCAGUAACUUUUUUAWAAUACCAGUUUUAUAUGCAAAUUCAUCUCCAACGAAUGCAUUUUACAUUAGCAAAAACAUGCACGUUGUUCUUGUCGUUGCUGUGUUAAUCUCUAGUUAGCAACAGAAGCACAAAAGACCAUUAAAAGCUAUUGGGUUAAUUAGGAAAGAAGUCCUGUUGCUGUAAAAAAGGCAGGUUUCUGUUCACCCUUCUGUGUGCAUGGUUAACUUUCUGCUGAGAGUUAAGUGUCCACAUCAGGAGGGAAACAGGCYCUUAGAUCAUCCCGUAAUCAUGUCUCACAGGAAGGUUGAAUUCCCUUUUAAACAACACUUGCAGUAGGACACAGAUCCCAGUGGCUUGUAGUAUCUCUGUCAUAUUGGUUUAAAGCUACUUCAGUUUGCUUUGGACUUGAAAUUGUGGUGUCAGCUGUGCUGGCAUUAAGGCAGAGCAUUGAAAUGUUUAUCUGGCACAAAAAUGGAUGCAUGGAAGGAACAAUUUAGGUAUUUAUUAUUUAUGUUUUAGUCAAUGACUAAUUAGUAGGUGCUGCUUUUGCAGCUUGAAGAUUAUGUUAUUUUACUAACUGAAGCUGCCUUUAUUAAGAAAAGGCCUUCCUCCCCUCACACCUCCCUUUCUUUUUUUGUCUUCAUUUUGUCAGUCAAGAGCUGUAGCUUUAGGAAAGUUUGUAGCAGUGAGAGCUGAUUGGAAUAUUCCAGUCAAGACAACGUUCCAGCUUUUCAACCAGCUCUAGAGGCAAGCGUGUAUGAAACCAGGGUAGCCAACACGUUUAUGUAAUAGAAUCACAGUAUUGUUACUUACACAGUGGGGUUUUUUAACAGUUCUCAUUUUUAAUAUAACAUUCCUUUGUGAAGUUCGUAUUUUCUGAGGACCUCCAGUCCUCACUGUGAAAUCCAGGGCUUCAGUCACACUGAUGCAAUGGCAGCUGCACAGUUCAAACCCUGCGGAUUAAAUGAAGAACUUCGUAUUUAGGGCACACAAUAAAAUUCAUUAAGAAGCCCAGGCACUUGUUCUCAGUAAGACUCUGGGGUAGUCACAAAAUCUUCAGUCUGUCUUGCACAUAAGCACAUGUGUAGGGGUGCACCCACGCACACACAUGCAGAUAACUUAGUUUUUUAAUUUGAUACUUGUUUUUAUUCUUAAGCAGGAAUGUUUUUAAGUGCUUUUUUGGUAAGUUUUCAUUAACUAGACCAAGCAGAAGGUGACAACAACCACAUCUUCUGUGGUUAGGAAAAAAGCUGCCACUUUUAUCAUUUAAAAUAUAAGGUGCAAAUUAUUUAGUUUUAGUACAAAAAAGGGAAAGAAAACAGAUGGUUGCUGAUAUAUCCAUUUGCAUUAUAUGCUAGUUUUAAAAUAUCUCAAAGAAAAUUUAUAUGCAUUUAUUUUCUGGAAGGCAAAAAGCAUUUAAACAGUGAAGUUUUGUAGCAAGCUGGCAGUCCCAGAGCUGCUGUUGAAAUAUAGGAUGCAGAGCUGAAGGGGUUGAUCCUGCAGUCCUUUCUGAGGCAAAAUUUCCACAAUGUGCUGAGUGAGGACUUCAGAGUCAAGUCCAGCAUAAAUAAAAGGUGUGACAGUAUGCUAGGGGUAAAUGCUGUCUGUGUUUGAAGUCAUCAAAGGAGAAGCURCCGUGUUUGGAACAUCUUCUGGGGGCAAUGUCAAGUUUUGGACCUAAACAGCCAUGUCUACUACAGCUAUUAUCAUGCAGACAUGGAUUCAAAAGAUAUACAUGAGACUUUGUGUCUGAGUUACAAAGUCCAGUAGCUGAGAAUAAAAAACAUGCAAAGCCAGACUCUGCAUGAGGGAUCAGAGCUGGCUCCAAGCUGAUUCUGCUAAGCCCAAUCUGGUCCUUCUUAGUGGCUUCUCUGGUUUGAAAUGGCAGCACUGGGAGCCUGUGAUGAACAUUGUCAAGGGUCAGAAGAGAAUAACUUCACAGAUCUUACAUUUGGUGAAAAGGAGAAUUCAGAGCAGGGACCCAGAGCUGGUACAAAACAAGUGAGUUAUGUAUCUUCAUCUGAAUGUGCAGGUGUUCUUUUCCAAUCACACUGGCCAAUUUUGCUGAACAGGAUCCCAGCUGAAAGCCUGGUUUGAUCAAAAUCCCUUUUAGUGGGAGAGGUUUGUAUUUCAAUAUGCACACAUUUGUCCUCUGUGUGUAAUGCUUUGCUUGUUUAAAUUCCCUGCCCAUUCUGCASGACAGCCGUGUAACACUCCUGUGAUCAAUCUGUAUUACACAGAGAGAGAAUGUGGCAAAAUGCAGAACAUCUACAUACGUGAUUUAAUGAAUUAUGUCCAAAGUCACUCUUGGCAUUAUGCAAACCUGUUUAUAUGGUAAUGUUAAAGCCCAAGGCUAAAUGAAAUAGCUCAAAUGACAGUUUAUUUUCAGAUUUGUCCAAUUCUUUCUUUGAUGACAUUUGGACAUUGAGUAGUAAUAUUUGCAUUUUCAUCUUCUGAUAUUCAAGGGUUUUUUUAGAAUUGAAAUUAUGUCUUCAUUUUUUGUGCUCUUGGCAAGCAGAGAAUUUUAACAAUUCCUUCAUGAUAGCAAGUGUUAUACAAGAAAGUCCCUCUGUAUCUCUGUUGUUAAGCCUUCAUUAUUGCUAAGCCUAGAGAUACAGGAGUGUGCAUUCGUGUGUUACAAAUUGACUUUCCUGGGUAUUGGCUUCAGUGCACAAUGCCUGUGCAGUUGUUCAGUGGUGUAUUAACAGUGAUCCUGCAGCACCUUCAGAAGUACCAGCUCCUGUGCAUUCACUUUCCCCUCAUCUCCUGCAGCACUAAUUGCAAUCCURAUGAAGCCUCCAUCACUCUCAGCCACGAUCAUAGUGAGCACAGUGGUGAAGUCAGUGAGUCAGAACUGGGACAGUGUAAACCUGGCCARAGAGAGARGGAAAGGGUAAAGAAGAUGCUGAARCUUGCAAAAAGUUUGACACAAUUGUGUUGCAGCAAACYUUUGAACAAACUGGGCUCCUUCUGCACAGCAAGGCUGAGAGGCAUUGAUGUCCUGAGAUCUCAGCUUUGACUUCCCAGAUAAACAAGAUGCAGAUGUUUCUUGUGGCCCAGCAAUGAGGACCAGCUUUCUGUUGAUUUCUCUGGUUCCCUUUCAUCASAGCCAUCAGAGAAUUGCCAGCUUGCCGCUGGCUGCCACGCCCUCCUCGUUGUGUUCCCAGAUCCCAAAGCUUCAGGAGUUGGCCGUAUGAAACCUUGGCCAACUCCAGCACUUUCCAUAGAGCAGGAAGUUUGAUACUUGAGUGAGCCAGAUCCCCUAGGCUUCUUCAGAAACCCAGCUGCAGAUGAGGAAAGUUUGCUUUUCAGAGCAGCCUUCAGUCAGAUCAGUGCUAGCACUGAUGCGAGGAAGGAGUUGGUGAAAGGCAGCAGUUACCUUGUCCUGAUUUUCAGGCGUGGGAAUCUGAUAUAUGAAAAAGGAGACUCAGUUAUUUGGUUAUUUCAGCAAAAGAGUUAGACAUGGUAGGAUGUGGUUGGUGCCUUUCCCACUGGCCUUUGCUUCRGUCUGGUUGUGAAAAGAUAMUG